CCCCCUUGGCAUUUAAUAUUUUGAAUUCCUGAUGAUCAAAAGCUCAUUAAUCUUGGCUUUCAAGCCACGCAAUAUCUGCGAGAGGUCGCAGCUCAGCUGCAGGUACCGCUUCACGCAAUCAGCGUUUUCAAGCUUAAAGUUUCUUAAGACCCACACAAAUAUCUCCGUCGCAAGACGUACUGUUAUUGCAUACUGUCCAACUUUUCAACAGAAUACCGCCGAACGUGUUUGCAAGGCGCACCUGAAUAUGUCAGGAUUUUAAAAACGAUAUAUGUUGAUGUUAGCAAAUAACAACUUAAUGUCGUCAGCUAUCACUCUCUUCAGAGGAAACAAAUAUAUCAGGUUUGAGCUGCAUUAGCCACGACCUUCAUGAGGUCGUGGUCAGAACUCAACGUUUCCACCGACGAGAAUUAUGUGAAAAAACUAUAUACAAUCCCGAUCCUUCAUAACUAUUAGCUGAGACAACAGGUAGAGCAACGGACACAAAUUUAAAGUGCUGACAGAAGUGUAGUGUUCGCGUAUGGAAAAUAGUUGUCUCUCGCCUCAGUAUAAUAUGGUUGAGGUCCACCGCUUCUGGUGCGCUCGCAUGAGCCUCAACAUCUUGCGCUCCAGCCAGCCCUCGCGGCACCAAAGCUGUAGUCUAUUAUCAACGCAAUACAGAUUGCUUGUGUACAGAAAUGCGGUUGGGCUCGGGUGGUCUCGGUGCGAACUGCUCAUGUAUAAAGAUUAUCGACAGAAAUGGUAACUGAAGCCGCCACAAAUUGGAAAUGCUAUCUAAUUAGCUGUUACAAUGCUCAGCCCGUGAAUGUAAUUUGCUCAUUGUUCCUUUCAUCGACGUAAAAAUAGGUGCUUGAAUCUCAACAUAUAUGUAGUACUCCCUGAAGCUAUCCCACUACUAAGGAAGACAAAAUCUAAUUAUAAGAGCAAAGAGGACCGAAAAUUGGGAAGUCUCGGCUUUGCAUCUUAGUGGUAUUGGUCGACCCAUUCUUUGUCCAACAAGGGAACGAUCAAUUAGACAAAAGCCGCGCGUGUUCGGGCCGCCUAAUCUUACAUCAAAGUAAUAUAUCAUACAAAUGCCAAAAUCGGGGUGGCUCAUACUAAUGUACAAAAGACUCGGUAGUAGCCGCGAAUGAUCCGUAUUUCAUGACACACAAAUUUAUAAAUUCCCAGUAUUGAAACCUUACACA